GAAAAUCUCACACAAAGACAAAACCAGCAAUGUUGUCUUCAACCUCGUCACGCUUCUCUGUUCUCCUUCUUCUUCUCCUUCUCCUUCUCCCCUCACUUUCUCACUCUUCGUCUUCUUCUUCUUCAGAACCUUCCCUUCAACAAAGCUUCGCUCAGUGUCUCUCUCUGAACUCAGACAAAUCCUUCCCUUUCUUCGCCUCCAUCUACGCCCAAUACAACUCCUCCUUCACCACCGUCCUCAAUUCCUCCGCUCAAAACCUCCGUUACUUACUCCCUUCUGCUCCAAAACCCGAACUCAUCUUCACUCCCACCUCCGAAUCCCACGUUCAAGCCGCCGUAAUCUGCUCCAAGAAGCUCAACAUUCACAUCAGAAUCCGAAGCGGAGGUCAUGACUACGAAGGCAUGUCUUACGUUUCAGAGAUCGAGACGCCCUUCAUAGUCAUUGAUCUCGGCGAGCUCCGUGGUAUCAACGUCGAUAUCCAAGACAACUCUGCGUGGGUUCAGGCCGGCGCGACCAUCGGCGAGGUGUAUUACCGGAUUUAUGAUAGGAGCGCCGUGCACGGAUUCCCGGCGGGGCUGUGUACGAGCUUAGGUGUCGGUGGGCAUAUUACUGGAGGAGCGUACGGUUCGAUGAUGCGGAAGUACGGUUUGGGAGCAGAUAAUGUUGAAGAUGCGAAGAUUGUGGAUGCGAAUGGAAGGAUUCUGGACAGAAAAGCCAUGGGAGAGGACCUGUUUUGGGCCAUCAGAGGCGGAGGAGGAGGAAGCUUUGGGAUACUUUUAUGGUGGAAGAUCAAGCUUGUUCCUGUUCCUCCGACUGUGACCGUUUUUACUAUUACCAAAACUUUGGAGCAAGGAGCUACUUCAAUUCUUCAUAGAUGGCAACAGGUGGCGCCAUUCCUUGACGAGGAUUUGUUCAUUAGAGUACUGAUUCAACCAAGUGGCAACAAAACCACUGGCAGAACAAUCUCAACUUCCUAUGACGCACUUUUCCUGGGAGAUUCCAAAAGACUCCUUCAAGUGAUGAAGCAAAGCUUCCCUGACCUUGGCUUAACAGUCGAAGACUGUUAUGAAACAAGCUGGAUCAAAUCUGUGCUUUACAUUGCAAGCUAUCCAAAAGACACGGCCCCAGAAGUUCUGCUUCAGGGCAAAUCAUCCUUCAAGAACUACUUCAAAGCCAAAUCUGAUUUUGUUCGAGACCCGAUUCCAGAAUCUGGGCUUGAAGGCUUGUGGAAGAAGCUUCUAGAAGAAGAAAGCCCCUUGAUGAUCUGGAACCCCUAUGGAGGAAUGAUGGGCAAGUUUGCAGAAUCUGAUAGCCCUUUCCCUCAUAGAAACGGAACACUGUAUAAAAUUCAAUAUGUUACAUCGUGGGAAAACAAAGAUGAAGAUGCUACAAAACACAUAGAUUGGAUGAGAGGGCUUUAUGAUUACAUGGCAGCUUAUGCGUCAAAAUCACCCAGAGAAGCAUAUGUGAAUUACAGAGAUCUUGAUCUGGGCAUGAACAGGAAGAAUGGGACGAGCUAUGAAGGAGCGAGUGCAUGGGGAAAGAUGUAUUUCAAGAGUAAUUUUGACAGAUUGGUGAAAAUAAAGAGUCAAGUUGAUCCAGAAAAUGUGUUCAGGCAUGAACAGAGUAUUCCACCACUUGCUGUUCCUACGUAAAACAAUAGAAAGCUCAAAGUCAAGAAGUGAAAGGAGGUGGAAUGAUGAGACUAAGAGAAGAGUGGUGUUAAUUAAGUUAAACAGGUGGUUUAGAAAGAGAUAUGGUAAAGUUUAGUUUUAAGUGUUUUAUUUGCAUUAAAUAUAAUGAUAAUAAAAGCAAUCAAUAUAUCAAAUUUGUUGCAGUUUUCUUUUGCUACAUUAAAAAAAUUUGAACCCUUAACAUUUA